CGUAGAGCCGCCUCAUAGCUAGUGCCGUCGUCCACGAAGCUCGUGAGGAACACCGAAGAAAGUACUCAGCUACAAACUCGUCACGAAACCAAAAAGAUACCUUCUUUGCAGCCGCAUCUCUACCUUCGGGUCCACAAUGUCUCUCGGGCCGGCAUCGCGCGGCCACUCCCCAGCCCUGUCCUCCGGCCGCUCGUCGCCGCAGCCACGACGCCGGCUCGACGAAGACCCCACCCGGAAGGAUCCCAAGUAUAAGCGCUUCUCUGCGAGCAUAGACCGGGCUCUUGCACUCUUCGAGAGCAACAACCUUCAGGAGUGGGCUGACUACAUAUCGUUCCUGGGACGCCUGCUGAAAGCGCUGCAAUCGCAUCCGUCGCUGCCACUCAUACCCUCCAAAUCACUCGUCGCGCAACGCCUAGCCCAGUGCCUCAACCCACGCCUCCCCUCGGGAGUCCACCAGAAAACUAUCGAGGUCUACUCCUACAUAUUCUCGCUGAUCGGCCGCGAUGGGUUGAGCUCGGAUCUUGCGCUGUGGACACCCGGACUCACGCCGGUGCUCUCGUACGCCUCGUUGACGCUGAAGCCGCACUAUCUCGAUCUCCUGGAGCGGUUCUAUCUACCCAUCGGGACUGCGCUCCGGCCAACGCUGAAGGCGUUGAUCCUUGCGCUGCUGCCGGGAAUCGACGAAGAGGGAGGGGAAUACUUCGACAAGACGCUGGCGCUCAUCGAUGCCAUUCGAAAGGAGGUGAAGGACGACGCCUAUUUCUGGCAGUGCGUUCUUUUGGCAACGAUAACGGCACCGGCGCGCAGACAGGGAGCACUGGCGUUCCUGGGACGGCGGAUACCCAAAUUGGACGGGAAGGCGAAUGAUGGAGCUGAGGGAGACGGCAAGACGGAAGAAGAGCGGAAAGCGGAUGCGGAUGCGCUUAUAAGCCCCGAGCCAGGACUACUGGUUCGCGCAUUUUGUGCUGGGCUCGGCGACGAGCAACUAUUGGUGCAACGCGGGUUCCUGGAUCUUCUGGUCACUGAGAUACCCUUGUCGUCGUUAGUCCUGCAGAAAAAGGUGUCGAAGGCAGAUCUACAGUUGCUGGUCACAUCGGCGGCAGGUGUCGUGAUGCGAAGAGAUAUGUCGCUCAACAGACGUCUUUGGGCAUGGUUUCUCGGACCGGAAGAAGCAAACGCCCAUGCAUACUUCCGAGAUUAUGGCCUGGAGGCAUUGGUCGAUGGUUUAUUGAAGAUGCUCGAUUGGCCUGAUGCGACACCAGCAGAACGGGCACGCCCCUACAGGAUAUGCCUAUCCCUCAUGGAUCGCUGGGAAGUUGGCUCCCUCGUCGCUCCCAAGUUGUUCCUUCCGGCCAUCGAAAGUCUACGGGCGUUUGAGAAGAUUGCGCCUAGCAAGGAGGCAUACAACGAGGCGUUCCGGAGUGCGAGCAUGUUCUUCGAUGGAAUAGAGGCAGGCUUAAUAUGGGGACAGAUGCUAGAAAAAAUAAAUACGGCGUUUUCUGAAGACGGCGAUAGUGCAAUCGAUCACCUGCAGACGGUAAGAUUCAUAAUCCGGACGUUCAAUGUUCGCGAGGAAGAGAUGUUGCGUGUGCAUGCGCCGAUGUUGGUCCUGGCUGUCUUGCGGUUCCUGGGUGCCGACGGGGAGAGAAGCCGUGAUACUACAUACGAGCUAUCUAGGAACGGGUUCCUACUUGCCGAGGAAAUAUGGGAACUCAUUCCAGCGACAAAGAUCAAGUCGUCAGCAACAUCCAACUCCUCGGACGAGGAUGCGGCGCAAAAUAUUCUCAAAUCAAUCCAGCGGUUUUAUAGGAGAGACCAAGUCCGGUCGACCGACGGCUCAACGAGCACGGCCCCGUUUCAGCCCUCACAAGUGGCCGACUGGAUCUUUAAAGACACUGCCUCCGUCGUGCAGAAAGCUUUGGAGGGAAGCUCCAGUGAUGUCGACAUACGAUGCCGGCUGUUUGUAAAUGUCACACGCAAGGUUCCGAAGCUGUCGGACUGGCCGGAUGCAAAGAGCCUUGUCUCGAGCUUCAUAUCGAAACUGCAACUUGACCCUGUACCCUUCGGCGCUCUGAGAGGAAUGGCGAACAUGAUUUCGGCUAUGUAUUCCAAGGGAUAUCUCAGCGUCCAGGACACCGACUCCCUGGUGGCCUCGGUCACGAGCGGGCUGUGGUUUUAUCUUUCACCGGAUGCGCCGAAAUUCCACGUGGAGUCGAUCAAGGCUCUGUGGAAUCUCCAGAAUGUGCUCAGAGACCGCAGGGUAGAGGCAUCGAUUGCCACUGUCAUGACGAGUCCAUAUGCCCAUGGCGCCGAGCCAGGGAGGAAUUUUGCGGUGCUGUGGAAUCACAGCGUGAGCGGCCUUGGCGGAAGCGCCUACCAUAUGAUGUUGACGAGACCGCUGUUUCUCUUUAUGGAUUCUCUUGCGGACGAUGCCAAUGAGAUGUCGAUAUUCGCCCGAGGCUGGUUGCAAACUCUACCAAGCAUCAAUAAACUGUUUUGGAUCUUUGUUGAAAAGCUUAUUGGAUGCCAGUUCCUGCGGGACCCCGGUGAGAGAGAUGCUGAUGGUGCGCCGCGGAAGAGACCACUGUUUGCCGAAGACGACUGCCUCGAGAUCGCGACUUACUACUUUCAAACAUUGCUGAAUAUCCUGCGUUACGCGACCAAUAACAUGAUGGCGCAACUGGCGACCGAGCUGGUUAUCAACGGAGAUGAGAGCAAGGCGAAAACCUUCGCACAAUGCGAGUACGGCGACGAAGACAUGACGUUGCAUGCGUUCUUUGCCAAGGUCGCCCUGAGGGCUAUCGAUGGCGAUGCAACAGACCCUCGGACUGCCGAGAGAGUGUCGAAGCUUCACAAGAUGGCGCUCGGCGUGCUCCACCAGUUGCUCUUGAGCCCGUACUCAAAGCCGCUGGCGGAUAUGGAGCUAGAGGAUAUCCUGACGGCCCGCCUCCUCUCGAUCAUGGAGACAAAGGAAACUUUUGUGCAGGUUUCCAUGCUGGACGUGCUGCACGAAGCCCUCAAACUGUCGCUCAACAGGCCCACGAGCCACCUUGGUCACCUACGCCUACUGAGCAGGAAUCUGGAGAUCAAAGCCGGCCCUCGAAAUGCUGCUACGCCGGUUGAUGUGGAGAAACUGGCGCCGCCUCCGCAGUUUACUCCGCCUAUGCAGCUGCUCAAGUGUUUGGUCGGCGGAUUCUCCAGCACGAGCAGCAGACCGGUAUUGGACAGUUGGAUCUUCUUCCUCGGCGAAUGUCUACCGUUGAUUUCAGACGUGAUAUUCCAGAUGCUGAUACCGUUGGUCGAGUGUCUAUGCAACCAAAUCAAGACCACCUUCGAGUCGUUAAAAGCCGUGUUCCGGGAGACCGGGAAGUUGCACGUUCCCGAAUCUUGCGGGAAGAGUCCCGAGAGCACUCUGGUCGCGCUGUUGAACGGGCUCGAGCAGAUUCUUGCCGCCGCACACGACCGCCUGCUGAUGGAAGAGCUGAAGAGUACCGGCCCCAAGAGUCCGGACGCGCCGAGUGCGGGCUUCUUCGGGAACAUGGUGUCGGGCGUGUUUUCGGUCGAGAGCCCGCUAAACCGUAGCGCGGCCGCUAAUAAUCGGCUCACUGUACUCCUGUGCUUCCAGGAUACGGUCAAGAUCUGCUAUUCCAUCUGGAGCUGGGGCGAUGUUAACAGUAAUGGAGAGACGCUGGAUGCGCUUAGUAGAGAGAGCUGGCAAUACACCAGUCUGCGCAUGAAAGGCCGGGCUAGGAGGAUACUGGAGCACAUGUUUGCCGCCGAGACCCUAGAGUGUCUCGAGACGCUGAUCGAGCUAUGGCCUGGACGCGUGGCGCCUCUCGGCGAAAGGAACGUUGGCAGUAUCUUCCGACUCGUCAAUGUGCUGGAUGGAUCUCGGCCGAAGCACACGAUCCCGGCCAUCUUCAAUGCUGUCUACUCGAGGACGAAUCCGUCUGCGCUGGAUCCGAGUAGGAGAUCAACCUUGACAGCAGAGCUGGGCGAUGUGGAUGUGGUUGUCUUCUUGGUCGAGUAUGCGCGCAGCCUUGAGGACGACGCCAUGGAUGAGAUCUGGGCGGAUUGUAUGGUCUUCCUGAGGGAUGUCCUUGCAAAUCCGUUCCCGCAUAGACAGAUUCUGCCGAGUUUGUUGAGCUUCACGGCGAUUCUCGGCGAAAAGGUUGAUAAUACCAAUUUUGGCGAGCAGAAGAAGAUGAGAAAGGAGCUAGGGGACCUGUUUUUGAGGAUGUUGACGGCUGUAUUUACGGUGGCACCUGCCGGUUCCCGGUCACUGGAACUGCCUGCGCCGAUUCCGAUCUCCAGCUUGGAGAAGGCAGAGUUCGAUGGCGAGCUCCGGCCCGACCGCACCGCCAAAGGCAAAACGGCCCCCGACGACAUAGUCCCAAUCCUCGUUUCUAUCGUACCCAUCCUCCGAAAAGUCGUGUUGGAGCCGGAGCGAGUGAUCACCGCUUCCAUCAGCAUUUCAACGUCCCUGAUAGGCCCUAUCUUCCGCUCCAAAGCCUUCCCCCACAACGUAUCGCCCACACUACUAGAUCUAGUUUACCAGCUCACACGUCUCCAAAACAAUCAAAAGGCAUGGAAGAAAGAGCUCUCGGACGUCUUCCUCGACCCCAGAUUCUUCCUCAACCCUCCAUCCCUGGUGAAAGACAAAUGGAUUCCCCUGACGAUCCAAUACCUCCUCGCGGACCGCGAACGGAUGAUGGAACUGCUCUCCCGGAUCACGCCGCCCACCACCGCCGGCGUCCUCUUCGGUGUCGGCGCCGGCAGCGCCAGACUCGAAGCCGACCGUCGCACGGCGCUAAACCUCAAACGCAUCGCCUUCCUAAUCUUCGCGAACGAGCACGACGCGUUCGUUCCGAAGCUUACCGAGAUCGAAGAAAAGCUCGUCGAGCUGCUCUCAGCGACCGCGGUCUCCUCGCCCUCCUCCGCCACACGCGGCGAGGUCUACCUCGUCCUGCGCGCACUGGCGCUGAAAACCAGCCACGUGCACAUGUCCAGCCUGUGGCCACUGAUCAACACAGAGCUGCACAACGCGCUGGUCGCGCUCGCGCCCGACGGCGAUCCUGAGCACACCUUCAACGACGCCGGGAUCCUCCAGGCGUGCAAGCUCCUCGACACACUUAUCGUCCUGGCACCAGACGAGUUCCAGCUGCACGAGUGGCUGUUCGUCACAGACACCAUCGAGGCCGUCUACCACACGCACGACUGGACGCCUAUGGCACUGGUGGAUCAGGUCGUCCUUGAGCUUAGCGGCGGUAGAGGCGCGUACGAGAAUGAUGGUGCGGGAGUCCAAGGCGCCGGAAGGAGGCCGUGGUUUUUGCGCGCGAGGACCGCCGCUAAGGGAAUGGAGGCGGAUGUUAGGAGGGAUCUGGUCGCGCCGUUUUUGAGGGGGCUGAGUAUUGCUACGUAUGAGGGGACGUAUGCUAUGGCGAAGCCGGAUGUGGAGGGCUGUGGAGAGGUGCUGCUGGCGGAUCUGUUCGAGGAGGUGCCAACGUCGGCGUGAGGGGGUGCGAUAGAUGGAAUGGGAAGGAUUUACGAGGUGGUUUUUUGUGCGGUAGGGAGUGCGGUGGUUUUAGAGCUGAAAUGAUGGUGAUUAUUCAUGUUGUCUGUGACAUAUUGACCAUGGAAAAACACAUCGUAGCACUUGGAGAGUCGAGAUAUUUGCAUGAUGUGUCACUCGAGUUGAUUUCAUUCUUCACUGUCAUUCAUGGCUUCACUCUAAGUGUGUGUACAUUGCCAUGAUCUGUUAUCUACAGUAUUUAGAUCGCGCGCAAUCAAUUAUUAACAAAAAGAAGGCAAAAAAGAAGGCAAAAAAGACCUUACUCUGCGCUGGGACGAAUCUUGUCCCCUGCAUGCGUCCGGAUGUGUGGGUGAGUUGAGCGCAACGCGAACAACAAAC